AUGACCAUCGAACAAAGAGAAGUAAUCAUCAAAGAUUUGGAAAUUGAGAGUUUACCAGCAGAUAGCAUGCUUAUCUGCGAUUUUGAGACAAAAAUAAAAAAUGGUUUUGUAAAACGCGUUUAUUCGUUACUUUCUAUUAGUGUUUUAAUUACAUUUGGGAUUGUUUUAUUCUUUUCAUUAUAUGAUGAUGCAUCAAAAUGGUUAAUCAGGAAUUAUUGGGUUAGUGUGGUUUUCUCCCUUUGUUCAUUCAUUUUGAUAAUAAUAUUUUCUUGCUGCCCUUCAAUCGCUAAGAAUCAUUAUAUUGGAGUAACGUUACUUCUAUUACUUUCAUUAUUUUUUGGAAUAAGCAUUUCUGGAAUUGCUGUAUGUGUUAAUAAAUUUUCGGUUCUGCUCGCAUGUGGAAUUACCGUCUUAGUUUUUUUGGUUUUAACUAUUUUUUCAAUACAAGUUAAAUUCGACUUCACAGGAUGGGGGCCUUAUUUACUAAUCGGGGUUUUAAUUAUUCUAAUUUACAGUAUAAUAUUAAUUUUUAUUCCACGAAAUAAUAUUGCUUAUAUAAUAUUGGGUGCUCUAGGAGUAAUAAUAUUUUCAUUUUACAUAAUUUAUGACACUCAAUUAAUUAUUGGAGGAAAACACAGAAAACAUCAAUUUUCCAUAGACGAAUACAUUUUCGCAACUAUUUCUCUAUAUUUGGAUAUUGUAAAUGUUUUUACAUAUAUAUUGAUGAUCAUAAAUUCUAUAGAUAGAUAA